UAUUGCGUGAGACCUGAUGACUGAAGCUCUCAAACUUGUGAAGUGAAACUCUUCUGAUGACAACAUGCGGACUACCUGGAGAGACUGCAAGGCUUGGAGUGACAAUGGUCUUCCCAUGUCUACGACGAAUAACGAAGCAUGUAAAUUAUUUGACGCCUCCCUAACACAGUCAUAUGGAAUGUAUAACGAACCGUCCGUUGGUGGACUAGAAAACUGUGUAAAACAAAUGCUUACAGCUGAUCCAGAUUUUGUUAUGGGCAAUGUGCUGAAUCACAAUAUGCAGCUUGGAGGAUGUGAAAAACCUCACCAUUUAAACCCAGAGCUACAGAAAAAAAUCGCGCAACUAAAGUCCUUGAAAGAGAAGGUCAAGGCCAUUACAGAGAGGGAGGAAAGGCACAUUAAUGCCACCUGUUUGUUUGCUCAAGGAAAACGCUAUGAAGCCAUUCAGGCCUGGGAAGACAUCUUGAUAGAUUAUCCUACGGACAUGAUGGCGGCCAGGCAGUGUUUUCUGGGAAUGAUUAACCUGGGACUACAACAAGAAAACAAAGACAUAAUGACAAGAAUUUUACCUCACUUUUCUCUUGAAACGCCAGGAUACAGCACAAUUCUAGGUUGGCAAGCGUUCUGUUUGGAAGAAAAUAAUUAUUAUGACCUUGCAGAAAAAGUUGCAAAGAAGAGUCUGGAAUUAGAACGCCAUGAGACCUAUGCAUCUCACACUUUAUCACAUGUGUAUUUGAUGCAGGGAAUGCACGACAAAGGGAUUAAUUUUAUGCUGUCCACGGAGAGCGACUGGAAUCGGUGCGAAUUUCUUGCCUGUCAUAAUUACUGGCACGUAGGAAUCUUUCAUGCUGAGAAGGGAGACUUCAGAUCCGCAUUAGAAAUAUUUGAUUCACAGGUUGGAGUUCGAACACAAAGAUCUAAAAGUGAUUUCAAUUUAACCGAUGCCACGCAUUUGCUGUACAGGUUAAAACUAGAAGGAGUUGACGUUGGGAGUCGUUGGUCGAUGUUAGACAAGACAAGUCACGUAUAUAUGUUUGGACACGGUCAAAUGUUUACUGAAUCACAACUGUUUCUGAAAAGCUGUUGUGACCAGGACAAAAACAUAAAGGAAAAACAGCUGCAGUCUUUGAAAGAAUAUGUAAAAGACGGUGAAAUGUGGGACAAUAAAACUAUAGUUAAAGAGGUAGGCAUUCCUCUUUGUGAAGGGGUACUGGCCUUUGAGAAUGGGGAGCAUGAUAAAGCUACCGAAAUACUCUACCCACUACGCUACGAUAUCAUACGAAUCGGGGGAAGCCAUGCACAGCGGGAUGUCUUUAACCAGAUCUUGAUAAAUGCUGCCUUAAGGUCCUCCAAUCCUAAAAACCAUCGCUUGGGAAGAAUGCUGCUGAGUGAACGAAAACUGGCUAAAACAAGUGACAGCUGGACAGAUAGAAUGAUCGCCAAGUUCGUGGCAGAGCAUGGCUCAUAGUGUAUUCACUUCAGACUGACCAACGACCGCUUACAACCUUUGUUGUGUAAAAUAGGAUUAUUCAAGGACAUUUUUAUAAAAGAAAGUGUUAAUUAACAAUACGUGAAGAAACCAGCCAUGUUGUUGAGUAUUCAACUUUAAUUUCGUGCAAUUUCCUGACAUUGUAUUCACAGUGUAUUAAAUAUAUGCGAAAAACA